AUGAGCUCCGGUGCGGGCGCCAGCAAAGGCAAUAUCGCCCAAAAUGCCUCACCAGCACCCGCUACUUCGUCUGCUGCUAUGUCACCACCCACCUCCGCCCCUGCGAUCGAGAACGGCAAGCCUAAUAAGAAGAAGCGACACCGAGCCGGGCGCAAGAGGAAGAACAGACGGCAGAGCUUCAUCGCUCCCAGCGAGGCGACGGAGAGUACUGCCGAUGGGGACGGCGCAGGCGGAGACCGACCGAGUCUCGCUGAGGCGUCACGGGCCAAUGCCAACCAGGCCAGCUUCUACCGUCUGCAGAGUCAGGGAAACCGCAGCAACACCAGUCUCGACAGCGAGGCUCUGCUCGAUCACCGGGAGCAUGCGCCGGUGAGGAGCAGGAGGGAUACACUCAAGAGUUUCGUCAGGUCUGCAAUGCCUUUCUCCUCGGGACGAUAUGCUCACGAAACGGCGAUCAGUGAAGACGAGGGGGACCAGGCCAACGAUCGCACGCCGCUGCUCCAUAAUCGCAAUCGGACGAAGAGUCGACCAGAGCACUCCCGCACUAACAGUGGAUAUGCAUAUGGCAACCAGAGUCACAUUGGAUCGCACAAGAGCGGCGGUGGGAGAAGAAUGUCAAUCACCUCCAAAAACUCGAGCAAGAGUCGUAGAAAGCUGGACAUUGCUACCACCACGCACAAUAACCUUAUCGAGGAGCCACACGAUGUGAAUAAUCCUCCCUCGGUGCCGGCUUCGCCUACCAUCGGUAUCAUGGACGAUCCAUUCUUGAAGUCCGCAAGCUCGGAUCGCGGGCGAGAUGCCAUUGUAGACGUCGACGACGACGAUGAUGAUCUACUGGGUGACCGCCGAUUUUCCAGUGCCUCACCCGAAGGCCUUCGUCGCAGACCGACUGGGGUCGAGCUGGCUGAACGGGAUGUUUGUUUUCCUGGCGACGAUGACGAAGAUGAGAGCCACCAUGAGCAUCGUGAUGAUUCCGCGAGACGGCGACGUAGGCGUGGAGGGCAUUGGCCUGAUCUCGAGAUCCUCGAGGAGUGGAGUCGGGAAGAGAAAGAAGAGCGUACUCAGCAGGAAGUCCUAAGGGCGAAGAAGAUCUCUGAACCUGUCAUGGUUGGUGGCCGUCUGCGGCCUGCGAAAACCAUCUGGCACCGAGAAGAAGACGAUUCUCCUUUCAGAUUCACCUACUUCAAUGAGACCCUGGAUGGUACAAUUCAUGCCCGAACCAUAAGUGACUUGCAGGACGACAUGACUUUCAGGGAGCUCUUUCUUCCAGACCCGGUGGAGCUCAGCGACGAUAGUGAUGACGAGGACGAUGGUAACCAGGACGACAACGCACUGGAGAGGCCUCCAUUGCCACAACGCGCUCCUAGUGACCCUGCGUUACGUCCUGAGAGAGCACCGAGUGAGAUUGGUAGCACUGUCCCGUCGGCCGCUACCAGCAAGACUGUACUGGAACCCGUCCCUUCAUCUGGACACAAUACUCCCCAGCCGAAGAAGAAGCGUUAUGGUCCACGGCCAACCUUCUGGCUUGACGUUUUGAAGCCAACAGAGACAGAGAUGAAAAUAUUGUCCAAGGCCUUCGGCAUCCAUCAACUUACAUCAGAAGAUAUUCUCAUGGACGAGCCGCGCGAGAAGGUCGAACUCUUCCCAUCUUAUUACUUUGUGAACUACCGCACCUUCGAACAAGACCGCGACAGCGAAGACUACAUGGAACCCAUUAACCUGUACGUGGUUGUAUUCCGACAUGGCGUGAUCUCUUUUCACCACUCCAUGAGUCCUCAUCCAGCCAACGUGCGACGCCGAAUUCGACAGCUGAACGAUUAUAUGAGCCCGUCUGCUGAUUGGAUCAGUUACGCUAUUAUUGAUGAUGUGACGGACGUUUACGGCCCACUGGUGUCGGAGAUUGAAAAUGAGGUUGAUGCUAUUGAUGAGGAUAUCCUCUACAUGCAUACUACAGCAGCAGAUGCCGCGGAGGGCAACAAGAACAAGGCCGCACCGAAAGAGCAGAGACCCAAGACGCCGCAGAACCAGGCCGAUAUGGGCGCCGCCAAGGCUGAAGGCGAGAAGACGGCAGGCCAGAGCGGUGGCGACAUGCUGCGCAAAGUCGGCGAGGGCCGAAAGAAAGUCAUGUCCUUGUACCGCCUUUUGGGUAACAAGGCGGAUGUCAUCAAGGGCUUCGCGAAGCGAUGCAACGAACAUUGGGAAGUGGCGCCACGGAGUGAGAUUGGUCUGUACCUUGGUGAUAUCCAGGACCACAUUGUUACCAUGACGGGCAACCUGGCACACUACGAAAAGUACGCCAGCCCAUUCCUUCAUGUCCUAUAUCAACCACAUUACUAACAGAUCCGUGUACAGUCUCCUCUCCCGCGCGCACGGUAACUACGUCGCCCAGAUCAACAUCCGCAUGAACGAGCGCGCCGAACAAAACGCCGACGUCCUCGGCAAACUCACCGUCCUCGGCACCAUUGUCCUCCCCAUGAACAUCAUCACGGGCAUGUGGGGCAUGAACGUCUGGGUCCCCGGACAAGACAUUGAAGGCGAUCUGACCUGGUUCUUCUCCAUCACGGCUGGAUUGGUGGCUUUUGGUGCGGUUUGUUAUUUCAUUGCUCGCAAAGUGUACGGGAUUGUUUGA